UCGGCAGGGCUGCUCUGACACGGCGUCGGGUCCUCCGUAGUACGCCCGCAGCGUGGAGAGCUCUGAGCGGAGCGGCGUGGAUGCGCCUCUGUGGCUCUGAGUGCGCAUCAGCUCCUCUCUUGUCCCCCUUCCAGUGCCAGCGUCUUCGAAACAGGAAAGAUGAGGGGAACUAAGGAGUUGACUGAAGGAGCCCAACAAUUUGGACUGUGUUUUGGAAGUGUGAGGGCUUAAGAAAGAUGUAAGAAUCCGCAGGCGAGCCUCCCGGAUCCCCAGCCCAAAAUGCAGAAAGGGGUGAGACUCAAUGAUGGCCACAUCACCUAUCUGGCCAUUUUGGCAAAGAAAGACGGGACCAGGCGAGGCUUCUUGAGUAAGAAAAGCUCAGACAACACAAAAUGGCAUUCGAAGUGGUUCGCCUUAUUGCAGAAUAUGAUGUUUUAUUUCGAGAGCGAGUCCAGCUCACGCCCCUCAGGACUGUACUUGUUAGAGGGAUGCGUCUGUGACCGGGCUCCGUCUCCCAAACCGUCUAUGUCAGCGAAGGAAUGCCUGGAGAAGCAGUAUUACUUUACUGUGACAUUCAGUCAUGAGAACCAGAAGCCUUUGGAGCUACGUACAGAAGACGUCAAGGACUGCGACGAGUGGGUGGCUGCCAUCACACAGGCCAGUUACAGAAACCUGGCUACAGAGCAUGAGACCCUCAUGCAGAAAUAUCUUCACCUUCUCCAGAUAGUAGAGACAGAGAAAACAGUAGCCAAACAGCUUCGACAACAGAUAGAGGACGGGGAAAUUGAGAUAGAAAGGCUAAAAUCGGAGAUUGCAGGACUCCUGAAGGAUAAUGAGAAGAUCCAGUCAAAUCCAGAGGUGCCACCCAGUGACGAUGACACAGAGAUCAAGAAGAUCAAGAAGGUGCAGAGCUUUUUGCGAGGCUGGAUUUGCCGUAGGAAAUGGAAAACCAUCAUCCAGGACUACAUCCGUUCCCCUCAUGCUGAAAGCAUGAGGAAGAGAAACCAGGUAGUGUUCAGCAUGCUGGAGGCAGAAGCUGAGUACGUUCAGCAGCUCCACAUCUUGGUCAACAACUUCCUGCGGCCUCUCCGCAUGGCAGCUAGCUCCAAGAAACCCCCUAUCACUCAUGACGAUGUCAGCAGCAUCUUCCUCAACAGUGAGACCAUCAUGUUCCUCCAUCAGAUCUUCUACCAGGGCCUUAAGGCCAGGAUAGCCAGCUGGCCAACACUGGUUCUAGCUGACCUGUUUGACAUCCUGCUGCCCAUGUUGAACAUCUAUCAAGAGUUUGUGAGGAAUCAUCAGUACAGUCUGCAGAUCCUGGCACACUGCAAGCAGAACAGAGACUUUGACAAAUUGCUGAAGCAGUAUGAAGCCAAGCCUGACUGUGAGGAAAGGACACUGGAGACAUUCCUCACUUACCCCAUGUUCCAGAUUCCUCGCUAUAUCCUGACACUGCAUGAGUUACUGGCUCAUACUCCUCAUGAGCACGUGGAACGCAACAGUUUAGACUUUGCCAAGUCAAAACUGGAGGAAAUAUCCAGAAUCAUGCAUGAUGAGGUGAGUGAAACUGAGAACAUCAGAAAGAACCUGGCCAUCGAGCGCAUGAUUGUAGAGGGCUGUGAGGUGUUGCUUGACACCAGCCAAACAUUUGUGAGACAAGGUUCUCUAAUCCAGGUGCCCAUGAGUGAGAAAGGGAAAAUCACAAGAGGACGUCUGGGCUCUCUGUCUCUGAAAAAGGAAGGAGAGAGACAGUGCUUCCUCUUCUCUAAGCAUCUCAUCAUAUGUACCCGAAGUUCUGGAGGAAAACUUCAUCUCACAAAGAAUGGAGUAGUGUCGCUUAUAGACUGUACUCUGAUGGAGGAGCCCGAGGGGACGGAUGAAGAGUUUAAAGGGGAGCGGAGCGGCCAGGAUGCAGAGCAUCUGGACUUUAAAGUCAUGGUGGAGCCCAAAGAGGGCCAACCAUACACUGUCAUCCUUGUAGCUUCAUCCCGACAGGAAAAGUCAGCAUGGACAAGUGACAUAAGCCAGUGCAUUGACAACAUUCGCUGCAAUGGCCUGAUGAUGAACGCCUUUGAGGAAAACAGUAAAGUCACAGUGCCACAGAUGAUCAAGUCAGACACUAGCUUGUACUGCGAUGAUGUCGACAUUCGCUUCAGCAAGAUGAUGAACUCAUGCAAGGUGCUUCAGAUCCGCUAUGCCAGUGUGGAGCGUCUGCUGGAGAGGCUGAUCGACUUGCGCUUCCUCUCCAUUGACUUUCUGAACACCUUUCUCCAUUCAUACCGCGUCUUCACUAGUGCAGACGUAGUCCUGGACAAGCUCAUCACCAUCUACAAGAAGCCAAUCAGUGCCAUCCCUGCACGCUCUCUGGAGCUCUUCUUCGUCAGCAGCCAGAACAACAAACUCCUUUACGGUGAGCCACCUACAUCGCCACGUGCCAGCCGCAAGUUCUCCUCCCCACCGCCUCUUUCCAUCACCAAGAAUUCCUCUCCGAAUCGUCGUCGCAAACUCUCUCUCAACAUCCCCAUCAUCACUGGGGGCAAGGCCCUGGACCUCGCUGCGCUCAGCUGCUCUCCCAAUGGCUAUGCAAGCAUGCACACAACCAUGUCACCCUUCAGCAAGACCACACUCGACAUUAACAAGCUCUACGUGUCUAGCACAAUGGCCAGCAAAAUUCCUGAUGAGGGAGAGCCCAAAGCCGAGGGCAAAGCUGAAGAGUCAGCUCCCAGUAAACAAGAUCUGUCAGUCAGAGAGGAAUGCAAUGAAGAGCCGAGUCAGAGUGAUGAGGCAGAAUCAGAAAUGUCUCCACCCAAGUCUCCAUCAACACCGAAGAAUGUCAAGUCAAAAAACUCGGAGUUUUCCCUGUUUUCCUUUAACAAUGGCAUGGUAGUGUCUUCAUGCCGGGAGCUUGAGAAUAACCGCAGUGCCCUUUCUGCUGCCUCAGCCUUUGCCAUUGCCACAGCUGGUGCCAAUGAAGGAACACCAACCAAGGAAAAAUACCGGCGUAUGUCCCUCGCCAGCACAGGUCAGUAUCAUCUUUGGCAGGUAGAGACACCUGUAGAGGGCUGUGUCAAGCAGAUGAAUAUUUACAAUGAACAAAUGGGACUUGCUUGGAACAUCAGUAACAGGAUUGCUUCAGAGAUCCUUCACUGGGAUGAUGUCAACAUGCGGGUGGCAGUGAUCGAGAAGUGGGUGGCUGUGGCAGACAUCUGUCGCUGCCUUCACAACUACAACGCCGUGCUGGAGAUCACGUCUUCUCUAAACCGGAGCUCCAUUUUCCGCCUCAAGAGAACCUGGCUUAAAGUUUCCAAGCAGACAAAAACUGUGAUCGACAAGUUGCAGAAACUCGUGUCAUCAGAGGGUCGGUUCAAAAACCUAAGGGAGGCUCUAAAAAACUGUGACCCUCCAUGUGUUCCUUACCUGGGAAUGUACCUGACUGACUUGGCUUUCAUUGAAGAAGGAACACCAAACUACACAGAGGACAACCUGGUCAACUUCUCGAAAAUGAGAAUGAUUUCGCACAUUAUCAGAGAGAUUCGACAGUUUCAGCAAACAGCUUACAAGAUCGAUUUUCAGCCUAAGGCAGCAAAAUACCUGUUGGACAACAGCACAGUAAUGGAUGAAGAGAGCCUGUAUGAAGCAUCUCUCAGAAUUGAGCCCAAAACGUCAUCAUGAAGAGGAUUUGUAUCAUGAUUACAUGCUACAUGUAGAGAGAAAGUUUAAAAAUGCAUAUUUAUCUUUAUUUGUAUUAGACACAAUAGGCUGUGCCCUCCUUGUAUUUCUUCCUAAUGAACUUUGUGUAUUAUUGUUAUUAGAAACUGAGUAGAAGCCCACAGAGGUUUUAUUUCUAUAGAGUAUUUAUUUGUUCUAUAUUGUCCUAAAUGCUAUUUUAUGACCUGUUUAUUUUGCACUAGAGAACAGAUAGAAAGGAGAGUUUGCAGACGUAAUAUUUAAUUGCAUCUAAAGUGCAGUAUAAAACAAAAUCUCUUAGGGAGAACUGAAGUCAAGACUCUGCAGGAGCUAUCGACAAGCUCUCAUUGUAAAAUCAAUGAUCUUGUCAAUUAUCCCAGAAAUUUAAUUUUCAGGUUGUUGUACAAUCCCAGAUUUUAAGGGCAGUUUGUAGGAUUGCAGUCUACGUUGAACGUGACUUUGCAUAUAUACAUUGAAAAUGGUAGAGAACUGGAAGUUAACUUUCCAACCUUGACAAAAAUAAUUUUUUGUUAAAAUUCUUAUUCAUGUAUCAGGAGUUCCAGGAUCACAUAUUCUUCAGGAACUUACCGUUUUCUUAGCCAAAUCUUAGAGGUUACUUUCUGGAACUUCCAUUGUACUUUCUUAAAAAUAAAAUACUCUAUCCUAGAAUUUACCAGUUUCAAUUUCCAGUUAUAUUACAAAAAUAUAUAAGGUAACUUUCCACCACUUACCAGGGACUUGUAUUAAACUUUGGAGGACCUGUUUAUUUUGAAACUUUCUGAUAACUUCUCAGAAGCUACCAUGUGCUUUCAGGUAAUUAGACUAUACCUUGCUAAAAUUACCAGUUACUCUUUAGUGCAUAUCUUACUGGUGGGUUUAUGAAAAUCAAACUUCCAUUUUUUUGAAUAUACAAAGUGCUUUCCUUUAAUCUCCAUAAAACUGACUGGUAACUUCACUGAGUACUUUCUAUAAUUUGUCAGAUUCAUUCUGGAUCUUACAGGUCACUUUCUGAAACUUCUUGGUUUCUUCCUGAAACUUAGAAGGAAAUUAUUGCCUACAUUACAAAGCUUCUGGAGAUUGCAUGGAAAAUUUGGGAAAGUAAUCUUUAAGGUAUGGAAAACUAAUUUCUAUGUUUUAGAAAAGCUAUAUUUGUGUUAUGCAGAUAUUAGCUUCAAAGAUACUCAUACACAAAUGUCAAUUUCUAUAAAUCUUUGAGAAGUUAUAACGUUGUUUACGGCAGAGCCUAGGGAAAAAGUGUGACAACUAAAGCUGAAUCACAUUUUCUGUUUUAUGUAACCACUGACUGAUAAACAUGUUUCUAGGGAUUGCAAUGAAACAGAAGGUUUCUUUAUAGAUUUUUUUUACUGCUUUGCUUAUUUUAUUCCCCUGGUGGGCAGUGUCAUGUAUAUAUGGUGUAAGCACCAGGCAUUGUAUGUAGCAAAUGUAACAUUUUUGAGCCACUUACAGAAGUAAAAGCUCCCAGCUUCUAUAUUCAGAUCCGGAGGGUGCAGUCUUUCUGUUAGGCCCCUCCUCUGAUAGUGCAUUAUGGUUUUGCCUUAAUCAUGAAAUGGAUUAUAUUCCACAAAAGUAUGUGAACUACUUUGUUCUACAAUUUGCCAAUUAACCAGGAUAGAUUGUAUUAUGUACAGACAGUCUGAAGCAUCUAGUAACAUGCUCAAAGAUGCAUCCCUGGAGACGUGUUAUUCUUAUGAUUGUUAAAUCCUAGAAUACUAUCCCCUCUUUGACACGCUGAUAUAUAUUUUUAAGGCAACUUAUAAGUGUAACACAUUCUAUCCUAACGUGUUAGCAGGAGCUACACAGUAGUAUCAAUGUGCUUCUUGAAAUAUUUAUAUGUAUUUUCUACACGCUUUGUAUAGAGAAAUACCUAAAGCUUAAGUGGCAGGCAUGUUCCACUUUGUGAUCAGAUCAAACCUAUAUAUAAAAUGGUAUGUGUACUGUAUUUAAACCCUACUUUGCAUCCUUAACUCUGUAUCCUCCAACAGGAACACCAGAUGUUUUCAGUGAGCAAUACCCAGUGAUAAGAAAUAUCUUUCGGUCUAUUUCAGCUUGAGUAGUAUUUCCAGUUUUGUAUAAAAGUGUACUCUAUGCUGAUUACCUCUUGUUAAUAAAUCUGUUCUUUC